CGCUUUGAUUACGAAGCUGGCGCGCUUCCUUCUCCAACCCAAAUCUCGUUCUUAAAGGGCCAGGCCGUUUGACUUAAAAAUAAAAUAAAAUCCCGCAACAAUUAAAGUUUAAAGUAAAAUUCGUGGGGGUUUAAACGCAGGUCUUCUGUACAGAAAUUCCUUCGCUUUUCCAUGGAUUAUAGCCAGUCGGCAACACAGAGUUAUGGAGCUUACCCAACUCCACCUGCCCAAGGCUACUCUCAGCAAACCAGUCAGCCCUAUGGGCAACAGAGCUAUGGUGGAUACGGACAAUCGGCAGAUACCUCUGGAUACAACCAAAGUAGUUACAGCUCUUCCUAUGGCCAGACUCAAAGCUCUGGUUAUGGCACUCAGUCAACUCCACAGGCUUAUGGCUCAUCGACUGGAUAUGGCAGUAGUCAGACUUCUCAGACGUAUGGACAGCAGUCAUCCUAUCCUAGCUACUCCCAACAGCCAGCCAGCUCCACCACUGGAAGUUAUGGCAGCAGCUCUCAAACCUCUAGCUAUGGACAGCCCCAGAGUGGGGGCUACAGCCAGCCAUCAAGCUAUGGCAGUCAGCAGCAGAGUUCUUAUGGGCAGCAGCCUUCCUACAACCCACCUCAAAGCUAUGGCCAGCAGAGUCAGUACGGCAGUGGCAGUAGCAGUGGAGGAGGCGGUGGCAGUGGAACUGGUGGCUAUGGCCAGGAUCAGUCUUCCAUGAGUGGAGGUGGCAGUGGAGGAGGCUAUGGCAGCCAAGACCAGGGAGGAUAUGGGGGCCAGCAGGACCGCAACCGUGGCAGAGGCAGUGGAGGAGGAGGUGGCGGCGGUGGAUAUGGUAGAGGUGGAUUUGAUCGAAGUGGCGGUAGAGGUGGCAACAGAGGUGGUCGUGGAGGCAUGGGCGGUGGUGAGCGAGGUGGUGGCUUCAAUAAAUUUGGUGGACCACGGGACCAAGGGUCACGGCAUGAUUCUGCUGGUGAGCAGGAUAACUCUGACAACAACACCAUCUUUGUCCAGGGGCUUGGUGAAAAUGUAACCAUUGAGUCAGUAGCAGAGUACUUCAAGCAGAUUGGCAUCAUCAAGACAAACAAGAAAACAGGACAACCCAUGAUUAACCUGUAUACAGACCGUGAGACAGGGAAGCUGAAAGGAGAGGCCACAGUUUCAUUUGAUGAUCCCCCAUCUGCAAAGGCAGCCAUUGACUGGUUUGAUGGGAAAGAAUUCUCUGGCAACCCCAUUAAGGUUUCAUUUGCCACCCGAAGGGCAGACUUCAACCGAGGAGGCGGGAAUGGCCGUGGAGGAAGAGGCCGUGGUGGCAGAGGAGCUGCCAUUGAUUCACUUGCAUCUCUGGUCUCCCCAGGACCCAUGGGCCGUGGUGGAUUUGGUGGUGGUGGUGGAGGCGGCAGCAACAGUGGUUCCAGCGGGGGCAACAGGGGUGGCUUCCCCAGUGGAGGUGGUGGCCAGCAGCGAGCAGGAGACUGGAAAUGCCCCAACCCGACAUGCGAGAACAUGAAUUUUUCAUGGCGUAAUGAAUGCAACCAAUGCAAAGCACCAAAACCAGAUGGGCCUGGAGGACCACAUAUGGGAGGUGGGUUUGGUGAAGAACGUCGUGGGGGCCGUGGAGGUUUUGACCGAGGUGGCUUCCGUGGAGGCAGGGGCGGCGACCGGGGAGGAUUCAGAGGUGGAAGAGGCGGAGACAGAGGCAACUUUGGGCCAGGAAAAAUGGAUUCCAGAGGGGACCACAGACAGGACCGCCGUGAGAGACCCUAUUGAACCUGUGCAGGAUCCCUGACCAUGUGAAUUUAUAAACUUCGUUUAUUUUGUAUGAUGUCCAACUUUGUGGCAGAUUUGUGUAUCCCUUGUUCCAUUUGUGUAUAAACUUUGUAUUCCCUUUUAUUCAUUUUGUUGCCUGUAUUUGAAAGUCACCCCAUGCGUUAAAAACCAAAAUGUUUUAGUUUGUGUGAGUGCGUGCGUGCGUGUGUGUAUAACUGGGGAGGGGUGGGGCUUGAAUAAUAAAGCCGUUUUCAAUCAAGA